AUGUCACCUACACAGAAGAAUUAUAUAUACGCCUAUCGAGGUCUCUACCGAGCUCUGUUACAUGCUGUACAAUAUGCGAAGCCAGCACGAUACAUGGGGAGAAAUAUGCUGAGGGACGAGUUUCGCAAGGGAAAUCCGAAAACUUUUGAUCAAGGACGAAUCGACAAUACUAUCAAAUUUCUGAAUCUUGCGGCGAAAGAAACUGGCCUUGAGCACAAAUUGGUCAAGAAUCUAUUGAGGGUAAAGUACGAGCGUGGGAUUCAAUGGAAAGCGCAACUCAGGGAAAGACACCCCAUGCAGAUACAUUUAAGGAAAAACAGCAUGACACAUUACGACAAAACUAUUGAAAUGCUUAACGAAAGUAUGGGACUGUGUUUACGUUAAGGGCAUCACAAAUACCAGAGAGAAAGGCAAUUUAUCGACUUUAUGACUCCACGCUUAACAUCAUCCUAAAGCAGUUUCUAGAACGAAUCCCUUUGCGGAAUACAGUACGUUUAGCCAAAGUCUAAAUCUCAAUGCCGCUCAGCAAGUAGAGCCUAGUGGAUGGUUGCCAUAUACCUUAACACUCGAUAACCAAGAGCUAUAAAUGAUAUUGGGAGUGUCGACAGUAUAAUCAGCGCAUGGCUCAGUCGGUCGUAUGGUAGACGACGGCCAUACCAUGACUGUCUGAUGUCACCGAUGGUUGGGGGAUUGUACUUGGAGAUGAAGUCCGCAAGCUAUAUUUAAGGAGUGUUGGCAAGGGCUUACUUACAGCCUCACAGACUUAUCUUAUAGCGAUAGUGUAGGACGAAUGAUAUUGAUGAGAUCAUUUCAGAUGACUAUCAUGAAUAGCCUGAUGGUAUCCGAGGUUAAGUACUCGAUGCCGCCCUAUUUCAGCCGAUAGCUACCGAAGUGCUGUGUUUAACCAUAACCAUGACUCUAAUAAUAUAAUGAGUACUUCCAAUUG